AUGAAUAGCAAUGCAGAAAUCACAUUAACAAUAGAAGAAUUAGUUUAGUUAUUAUUGAGUCCCCAAUUACCAAAUAUUCAAUCAAGUUUACUAUCUUUAUGCCAAUUCGAAUUUAGAAAUAACCAUUCAGAAGUAAAUAAAGACAUUGUAUUCAGUAAUUAAGAGUAAUCCAAUCAUAACAAUCGAUCUAAUAACAAUACUACAUCUCUGUUAUUGUUAAACAAAAUGAAUGGAUUGCAAAUUGAGAAUGAUAAUCUCAAAAAUAAAUUAGAAUAGCAUAUCAUGUAAUAAAAUAGUUUACAAUAAUAACUCAAUUAAUAUUUAUCACAAUAACAAUAAUUAAAGUAAGAUAAUCAAAUACUAUAAUAAAAAAUGGACGAAAUCCAAAUAUCUUAUAACAAUAAAAAAAUAAUAAAAAAUAGACAUGAUGCCAUAUCUAAAUCGGUUCAUCGAGAUCAGGAAAAGAUCGUUCUAGCUAAAUCGUUGGCUCUUAAUCAGCCUCUACGUAAAUUCUCAGGUUGUAGUGGUGUUGUAACUUAAUAUCCAUUUGGGAACUCAAAGCGAAACCCCAAUAAUGUUCAAACUGCCAGGAGUAAUUAAUGA